UACCAACUUGAAAACCCAAAAAAAAUCCUUCACCUUAACUGCAAAUUGCAUUCUCUCUCUCUCUCUCUGCUGGAAGAGAUGGCCUUCUUUAGAGCGCUGCCUUUUCUUGCUCUGCUUCUUGUGUUGCUGCCUAUGAUUGCUUUAGGAGAUGAUCCCUUAACUCCUUACCUUCAGAAAAUAUGCGAUGAAGUGGAAUGUGGGAAAGGAACAUGCGUAGCAAACAUAACAUACCCACUAGGGUACAAGUGCCAAUGUGAUCGUGGUUGGACCAGAACCACAAAUGAUGAUAUUAAUAAUAAUCUCACGUUCCUUCCUUGUGUCAUCCCAAAUUGUACUCUCAACUAUGGUAACUGCCAGGAUCCCCCUAAACCAGCUCCAGAGAAGCCUGUUCCCUGGAAUGCAUCAGCCUUCGAUCCUUGCUAUUGGAUCUACUGUGGAGGAGGUACCUGCACAAAGAAUGGAACAUAUACUCACUUGUGCACAUGCAACUCUGGAUUCUUCAACCUUCUCAACAUCGCUUACUUCCCAUGCUACAGCGAAUGUACAAUUGGAUCUGAUUGUUCCAGCCUUGGGAUUAAAGUUUCAAAUACACAGGCAACAAAUAAUACUGCUGGUGGUGCUCCUGCAGGGAGUCAUGGUAGCUCAAUUAUGCCUGGGAAGUUCCACUGGAUGAUCAUAUUGCUUGUGUCUAUGAUUAUGGUUCUGCGGAAGUAGGAGAAAAGCACUGUCUCACCAGCCUCUAUUUUCUCCAUAUUAUAGUAAUUUAUGCUUAGAAAUAAAAUUUACUUGGUUUUGAUUAUUCUACCGAUUCUUGUGUAGAAAUUCAGUUUGUGUUGAAUAAAAUAUAGACGACAGGCAAGGGUGAUUUGUUUAGGUAGUACACAUGUUUUGAGCAUGUAAAUUUCUUUGUUUACAUACAAUUUAUCAAUUCUUGUUUUUGUU